GCUGCCGCCCGCAGCCCCUUUCCUGCUCCUCUCCGGGUCUCCGGCAGCCGCCAUGUUAGGGUCGGGAUGGUGAACUCGGGCUGGGCCGAGGGGCCCCGCCGGCCGCCGCCUCCCCCUCCGCCCCCUGGCGCGCGUGGAAGCGCAGGCACCCCUGCUCCCCGACUCCUCCCCCUCCCCUCGGCCUGGGGCUGUGGCGGAGCCUCUGGAAGCAGCGGCGAAGCCAGCUCGGCGUCCCUGGAACCCCGGCUGGGGCUCAUGGAGCGGGCGCGGCGCGGCUGAGUGCGCCGGGAGGUCGGGGAGUGGCGACGUGGUCCCUGGCCAGCCCCUCUUGCGAGCAGGCAGCGGCAGUCGCAGCCGGGCCGGCUCCGUCGGGUGCGAGGCGGAAGCGAGAGCGCCCUCCGCCCGCUCUCCGGGAGGAGAGGGAGUAGCAGCAGCAGGCGAGGGGCUCGGCGCUUCCCCCGGAGUCAGCGGUCUGCGGAAAGCAGAAAAGAUCAUGGGGUGCAUUAAAAGUAAAGAAGAUAAAAGUCCUACUAUGAAAUACAGAACUGAGAACAGUCCAGAACCCCUUGCCCCCCACAUCAGCCAUUAUGGAUCAGAUUCAACUCAAGCAAACCAGACACCUGCAAUAAAGGGAUCAUCAUCAGUUAAUUUGAACAGCCAUUCUGUGACUCCUUUUGGUGGGCCAUCUGGUAUGACACCUUUUGGAGGAGCAUCAUCCUCAUUCCCAGCUGUGCCAUGUCCAUAUCCUAGUGGUUUAACAGGUGGUGUUACUGUUUUUGUGGCCUUAUAUGAUUAUGAAGCCAGAACAACAGAUGAUCUUUCAUUCAAGAAGGGUGAACGGUUCCAAAUAAUAAACAACACGGAGGGAGAUUGGUGGGAAGCAAGAUCUAUAGCAACAGGAAAGAGUGGCUACAUCCCAAGCAAUUACGUUGCUCCUGCAGACUCUAUUCAAGCAGAAGAAUGGUAUUUUGGUAAGAUGGGGAGGAAAGAUGCAGAAAGAUUGCUUUUGAAUCCUGGAAAUCAACGUGGUAUUUUCUUAGUUCGAGAAAGUGAAACCACAAAAGGUGCUUAUUCCCUCUCUAUACGUGACUGGGAUGAGGUUAGAGGUGAUAAUGUGAAACACUACAAAAUUAGAAAACUUGACAACGGUGGAUAUUACAUAACAACGAGAGCACAAUUUGAAUCUUUGCAAAAGCUGGUCAAACACUAUACAGAGCAUGCUGAUGGCCUGUGUCAUAAGUUAACAACUGUGUGUCCCACUGUAAAACCUCAGACACAGGGUUUAGCAAAAGAUGCCUGGGAAAUUCCUAGAGAAUCCUUACGGCUUGAAGUGAAGCUGGGCCAAGGAUGCUUUGGUGAAGUAUGGAUGGGAACAUGGAAUGGAACCACAAAAGUAGCAAUCAAAACACUAAAGCCUGGUACAAUGAUGCCAGAAGCGUUCCUACAAGAAGCUCAAAUCAUGAAGAAAUUAAGACAUGAUAAACUUGUUCCACUUUAUGCAGUUGUAUCUGAGGAGCCAAUCUACAUAGUCACUGAAUUCAUGACGAAAGGUAGCUUACUAGACUUUCUUAAAGAAGGAGAAGGGAAAUAUUUAAAGCUUCCGCAGCUGGUGGAUAUGGCUGCUCAGAUUGCAGAUGGCAUGGCGUACAUUGAAAGAAUGAACUACAUCCAUAGGGACCUUCGAGCUGCUAACAUCCUUGUGGGAGACAACCUGGUGUGCAAAAUUGCAGACUUUGGUUUAGCUAGGUUAAUAGAAGACAAUGAGUAUACUGCCAGACAAGGAGCCAAAUUCCCAAUUAAAUGGACAGCACCUGAGGCUGCAUUGUAUGGUCGGUUUACAAUUAAAUCUGAUGUUUGGUCAUUUGGAAUUUUAUUAACAGAGCUCGUAACAAAGGGUCGUGUGCCAUACCCAGGUAUGGUGAACCGAGAAGUUUUGGAACAAGUGGAACGUGGCUACAGAAUGCCUUGUCCUCAAGGGUGCCCAGAAUCUCUUCAUGAGUUAAUGAAACUGUGUUGGAAGAAAGAUCCUGAUGAAAGACCAACAUUUGAAUAUAUUCAGUCUUUCUUAGAAGACUAUUUUACUGCUACAGAACCACAGUAUCAGCCUGGAGACAAUUUAUAAACCCAUUGCCUACAUACAAUGCACAAAUCUACCAAAUGUAAAAUGUUUUCAGAAAAUUUCUUGCUAAUUUGAAGGACUCAAAGAAAAAGCAAAUAGCUGCCAUUUGCAUGCUCAGUUGCUAACAAACUGGAAUUCCAUAAUACAGGUGCACAAAACCACUUUUUACAGUGUUAAUGCCUAAAUAUACCAAAUGAUGUGAUAUUUUUCUCACUUACUGUUUCAGGGUCCAAAGAAAGCAUACUGAAAAAACUGUGUGGUAUAAUUAGCAUUACUAUGACAGAUUAUAAGAGCAGAGCUGCUAAUCUUCUGUUUUUCCUCUUCUGACAUUUCAUCCAUAUUGCUAAAAAAAUCAGCAAUUACAGAAACCUUUAAAUGGAAGUGAUCAAUGGAAAACAAAGUUAUGGGACCAAACAAGUCAAUUCUGGUUUUAUAGAAAUGUCCUGUGAUCAAAAUAAAAUUGAAUUUUAAAAAAAUUACAUCCUGAUAUGGGGUUUAUUUUACAUUAAUUUAAUUAAGGUAGCAGAAAUGGGAUUUUUUAAAAAUAAAAAAGCAGUUUAUGGUAAACUUGAUUAAAUACUAGACCUCAGUAGUGAAACUGAAGAGCAUAAUGCACUGUGUUAAUACUUUAUGUUAAUAUAACUGGAAAGUAGCAUAUGGGCGUUAUUUUUUCCUGCAUAGCUUAAUUAAGAAUGAUGAAGUAACUAAAACUAUGGUUAUGUUAAUGGAGUGUAAUGUUCAGACUUGAAACCACAAAAUGCAAUUAGAGAGAAAGUGUGAGUCUCUGUAAUCUUUUAAGAUGUAUUCUUUUCAAAGAGAAAUUUCCGGUGAAUCAUAUUAUAGUUUUGUGUUGGGUGGUGUUAAAAAAAGGAAGAGGAGGUGAUAGUUGAAAGUUGGAUGUGGUUGAUAAUUACAGGUGUUUCCAAGGUAAAAUGUCAUUAGUUCAGGGAUUCAUAUGAUUGCACUUCUGCUUUUCUUACAGAGAUGCUCAUCUAUCUUAUCUAUAUAUAUCCACAACAAAGUAUUUAUGGGGCAGAAAGUUUGAAACACUGAGUGAUUCAGUAAAUUGAGUAAAUGGUAGCAAACUAUUUGAUGGGUAAACUGUCCCGCUUUCAAACACUACAUUUAAGCUCCAACCCAAAAAGCGGAAAAAUGGAGCAGCAGGGCCUGUACAUGCAUACGGCCCUUAAAAAAAAAAUCUUGAAAUCCUGCCUAUACAUUGCUGGGUAGCAAAGGGCAAACUCCAUCUCCCUUGUUGAAUAGCAGUUGAUGGGUAUUUUAGCUUUAUUUUUAAAAGGGCCGUACAAGGACAUCCCUUGCUGGUGGAUCUAAUUGUGCUCUUGGUUCCUCGUUCAGUUAGUGAUUGCAAACUUCCUUCCACAUGCAGUCUCCAGGUAUAUUGGGGCAUAUAGAAGUAUGUUCCAUGACCUUUGAUAUAACAAGCAAUAAAAUUCUAUUGGCAUUAUUAUAAUUUACCAGUUAUACUCUUAACAGUGAAAUCCUAAGUAGAGUUACUCCAGUCUAAGCCCAUUGAAAUCAAUGGGCUUAAGACUGGAGUAAUUCUGCUUAAGAUUUUACUGUAAAUAUUGUUUGUUUUGCAUUGCAAAGCUUUCCAUGAAAAUAAUCAUCAACAUCAGAAAAAUCAUGCAGAUCAUGCUCUGGUACUACAAACAUAAGUGUUCAGGUGCUUUGACUUCUAUACCCGGAAUAUUUUUAAGUAAAAUUAUGCAAUUUUAUUCCAUUUUUCCUUAUAAAUCCCUAUGAAAUUUUGAAAGGGCUUUAUGUAGAAAAUGUAUUAUGUGAUUGUAAUGUAAUAGUACAGUUGAAACAAAAUCACCAGAUAAUUAUUUGAUAUUGAUUGGAUUUUAAUUAAUAAAUUGAACAAUUUA